GAGAAAUUCUAGUAUGUUCGCUACCUCUUGAAGUACGAGUAUAAGCAAUUAAUAAAGUCUUGCUCUUAUUCUAUUUGCUUUUAAGUUUUAGUAGAAUGCAAUUUAAAUUAAAUUAAAUUGAAUAAUAAUAUAAGCUCUCUUAACUAUGUACUAUAUGAAUUUUAAGAGUAGCAAUUAAGCUGCAUCAGUAAUUGUCUGUACUUUAAAUUUGAAAGUGCUAGGUUUGUGUUUGUUAUAAAAUGGCAAAGUAUUUGAGAAUGACCCUAUAAAUAAACCCACAACUGAUGAAAGUGAAAGUAGAGCAUAAAUGCUUCUUUAGAAUCUGGUUUUUCGACUUGGUCAUUUCAAAAUCAAAUACAGCGCCCGGUUAGUCUCGUCGGCAGAAACACUCAAAAAAUUUUAAACCGAUUUUUGAGGAAAAAUCCGAGCCCAUCGUUCGAGGAAAAGUUCUACAAGAAUUAGCGAAAAGUUUCCGAUCAAGAUGUUCCUUUCGGGCGGCAUAAUUUUCGUUCUUGCACUGGCGAUUGAAGUGAGCAGUUUUCCAGAUGGUGCCCCGAUAGAUGCAUGUGUAAAACCCAGAGUGAAUCAACCCUAUCACGGACAAGCCAGGCCCCAACCCGCCAACACCAGUCCAUUUCAAAUCUUGCAGUCUGCCGCUGAAUACGGACCUGGGACUCAAAUUACGGUUGUAAUUCAGGGAGCGGCGAAUUUCAAAGGGUUUCUGAUACAAGGUCGCGACGCAGCCACCAACGAGUGGAUAGGAAGUUGGGUGGAAACUCCGAACACUAAAAUCCAUCCAGAAUGUAGUGCAAUCACUCAUGCGGACCCGAAACCGAAACAAUCCGCCACGUUCGUAUGGCAAGCGCCUCACAACGCCCGAGGGCAAGUGUAUUUCACGGGUACGGUUUUGAAGGAGUACUCGGAAUUUUGGUCGAAUUUAGUGUCGCAAGUAGCCGCAUGAGUAUUUAAAUAUUUGUAAAUAUGUUAUACAUAGAUACUU